CCUCCCCCCUCCCUCCCCCUCCUCCUCUCCUCCCUCCUCCCCCCUCCGUCCCGGUCCUCCCCCCUCUCGGUGCGGACAUGCUCCCGGUUCUCCGGAGAUGAGGCUCCGUAAUGUCUCCUUCCUGACGGUCUCGUUGUUCGGGCUGUGCGGGCUGCUCUCCCUGUCCUGGUACACCGCCUUCAGCAGCUCCAGAGGAGAUGUGGUGGAUAUCUACCAGAGGGAGUUCCUGGCGUUGAGGGAGCGUCUCCACUCGGCCGAGCAGGAGAACCUGCGGCGCUCCAAAGAGCUGAACCUGGUCCUGGAGGAGAUAAAGAGGGCCAUCGCUGAGAAACAGGCGCUCAGAGACAUCAACCGCACCUGGAGCAGCCUCUCCGAGGAGACGAGGAUGAAGCUGUGGAAUGUGAGCAGCAGUAAAAACGUCCUGCAGCUUCCCUCCAUCUUCCAUCAUCUUCCUCACCUGCUGAACCGAGAGGACAGCCUGCAGCCGGCCGUGCACCUGGGCCAGGGUCGCACCGGAGUCUCCAUAGUGAUGGGGGUCCCCAGUGUGAAGAGGGAGGUGCACUCGUACCUGACGGACACACUCAGCUCUCUGAUGUCAGAGCUCAGCCCGGCCGAGAAAGACGACUGCGUCAUCGUCGUCUUCAUCGCAGAGGCUGACCAGCAGUAUGCCAGCAGUGUAGCAGACAACCUGAAGCGCCUUUUCCCAGCAGAGAUCCAGGCGGGUCUGUUGGAGGUCGUCUCUCCGUCCGUCCACUUCUACCCCGACUUCUCCAAACUCAGAGAAUCCUUCGGAGACCCCAAAGAGAGAGUCAGGUGGAGGACGAAGCAGAACCUGGACUACUGCUUCCUGAUGAUGUACGCUCAGUCUAAAGGAACCUACUACGUCCAGCUGGAGGACGACAUCGUGGCUCGUCCGAAUUAUUUCACGACGAUGAAGAACUUUGCUCUUCAGCAGCCGUCGGAGGAAUGGAUGAUCCUCGAGUUCUCUCAGCUCGGCUUCAUCGGGAAGAUGUUUAAGUCUCUGGACUUGUCCCUCAUCGUGGAGUUCAUGUUGAUGUUCUACAAAGACAAACCCAUCGACUGGCUGCUGGACCACAUCAUGUGGGUCAAAGUCUGCAACCCGGAGAAGGACGCGAAACACUGCGACAGACAGAAAGCAAACCUGAGGAUUCGCUUCAAACCGUCACUGUUCCAACAUGUCGGGACACAUUCAUCACUGGCCGGAAAGAUCCAGAAACUCAAGGAUAAGGACUUUGGGAAGCAGACCCUCCAUAAGGGACACGCCAACCCUCUGGCUGAGGUGACCACCAGCCUGAAGACCUACCAGCACUUCACCCUGGAGAAGGCCUACCUGGGGGAGGACUUCUUCUGGGCCUUCACCCCGGUCCAGGGGGACUUCAUCCGGAUCCGCUUCUUCACGCCGGUCCGCAUCGAGAGGUUUUUCUUCCGCAGCGGGAACAUUGAACAUCCUGGAGACAAACUGUUCAACACGUCGGUGGAGGUUCUGCCCUUCGACAAUAUUGCAGCAGAGAAAGAAGCUCUGACAGAAGGACGAGAGAAAACACCCAAAUAUCACCGAACAGAAGACGGAUUCAUCAGGAUAGGAAGGUUCCAGAACGGCGUGGCGGAGGGCGAGGUGGACGCCACCUUCGGCCCGCUGGAGGCCAUGAGGCUGUCGGUGCUGACGGACUCUCCAGUCUGGGUCAUCCUCAGCGAGAUCUUCAUAAAGAAGGCCGACUGAAGCCCGUCCCCCCUCAGCGAUACCUCAGGGCCCCUGAGCGUGCAGCGAGCCGACCGGGGGUCUCCAGCUGCCGUCCUGCUCACAGUUCAACGCCGCGGUGCCACGGCGCCACCCGCCGCAGGGCCAGACGGACCAGAGACUGGACCACAGGAACCUGGUCUCCUAGUCUCCUGGUCUCCUGGUCUCCUUGGUCUCCUGGUCUCCUGGUCUCCUUGGUCUCCUUGGUCUCCUGGUCCUUGGCCUCCUUGGUCUCCUGGUCUCCUGGUCUCCUUGGUCUCCUUGGUCUCCUGGUCUCCUUGGUCUCCUGGUCUCCUUGGUCUCCUUGGUCUCCUGGUCUCCUGGUCUCCUUGGUCUCCUGGUCUCCUUGGUCUCCUGGUCUCCUUGGUCUCCUUGGUCUCCUGGUCCUUGGUCUCCUGGUCCUUGGUCUCCUUGGUCUCCUGGUCUCCUUGGUCUCCUGGUUUCCUUGGUCUCCUGGUCUCCUGGUCUCCUGGUCCUGGUCCUGGUCCUGGUCCUGGUCCUGGUCCUGGUCCUGGUCCAGACUGAAGUAGCUCUCUGAUGCUGUAUUUGUGGUCUUUAUGUUGAAACACUGGAACCUGCUGAUCCUGAACCAGAGACUCUGAGGUCCGGACCCCGCCCCCCCUCCGUCCCUCAGUGUGUGUGUGUGUGUUGGUUUGCCUUAAUGGACUCGAAGCCCCGGACCGACCACAUGUAGCCGCCCGCCGCCACCUCCCACAAUCCUCUGCUGCCUCCCACCCCUGACCCCUGACCCCUGACCCCUGACCCCUGACCCCUCUGGUCUCUGAACUCUGACGGCAGCAGCUUUUACUUUUCUAUCAACGUCUGAAAAUGUUUGAUUUACGUUACUGAGGCCUUCGAAGUACUCUGAUACUCUGAUACUCACCACAACACUGGACUCUGGAGGAGUACCCUGAAGUACUUCAUAGUACCCUGAAGUACUCUAAAGUAGUUUAAAAUUGUUUAAAGUACCCUGAAGUACUUUACCCCAAAGUAGUUUAAAGUACUCUGAAGUACUUACAUGUACUCUUAAGUAGUACUCUGAAGUACUUCAUAGUACCCUGAAGUAGUUUGAAGUACUCUGAAGUACUUACAUAUACUCUUAAGAAGUACUCUGAAGUACUCUGAAGUACUUACAUGUACUCUACAGUACUCUGACAUACUUUCAGUGCCCUAAUGCAUUUUAAAGUACUCCACAGUACUCUGUUGUACUCUGUAGUACUCUGUAGUACUCUGUUGUUGUGUAACUUCUCGUCUUCAGUCUCAUCGACUCUUUUGUUGAUAAAUUAUAUAAAUUAUAAAAUAAUUCUUCCAGAUAUUUAAUUUAUUUUCUCUGUUGAGACGAUUCGUCUUUGUCUUUUUGUUUUUUUUUUGUCUUUUUGAGUUCAAUCACUUUAUUUCUCAGUUAGUUUGUUUCCUCAGUUAAAUAAUUGGUGCUUUAAAUAAUGAAAAUAAUUCAAAAUUAUAAAUCUUUAAGCAAACAAACAAGCAAACAAACACAUAAACAAACAAAUAAACAAACAAACACAUAAACAGACAAAACAGGCUUUGAUAUAGAAUAUUUAGCAUUAUUUUACAUUUUACAUACAAAUAUUAACAUUCUUAAACUAAUUAUAGAAAUUAAAACGGCUCCUUUUUAUUUAUAUUAAAACAAUAUAAAUUUAAAAAUGUAAAUGCAUAGCUAAAUAAACAAACAAACAGUGUUUGUUUGGUACCUUUAAAUAAAAUAAAAUAAAUGAAUAAAAAGCUAAAUAAACAUUAGUGUCAAUCAAUUGCUGACCAAUUAAAUAAAUAAAAAUAAAUAAAUAAGAUUGAAAUAAAUAGAUGAAUAAACAUUAGUGUAUGUUCCUUUAAAUUAAUUAAAAAAUUAAAAUAAUUUAAAUUAAAUCAGGACUGUAGUUUUAGUUUCAGACAAAUGCUGAAUAUUAGACAAAACAGAAUUUCUAAAUCACCUGAAGCAUUUUAUAUUUUCUGUAGAAAUGUUUUUUUAAUAUAUCAGCACCAAUAAAUAUUAACACCAAAAUAUUUCUUCAUAGGAAAAUAUCAGCUGAUUAGUUUUAUGAAACUUUAUGACUUGAUUUUUUUAAACUUUCCAACAUUUUGUCACAGUCAAAUAUUUCAACAUUUCCUUCAUUCAUCUGUUGAUUUGUUGAUUCUGGGUUCAGAUGAAACUUGGAUCAGAGGAACUUUGAGCUUCAGGAAACUUUUUGUUUUGUUUUGUUUUGUUUUGUUUUGUUUUGUUUUGUUUUGUUUUGUUUUGUUUCUUUUCUUUUCUUUUCUUUUCUUUUCUUCUCUAGACGCUGUGGACGCGUCGCUAUAAUCUCUGUUUGUCUUUUGUAUCUUUAGAUAAAAUAUUUAAACUUUAUCCAACCUGUGACUUGUAAUAAAGACAGAAAUUUAAAUGAG